AAUAAAAUUGUUUUCAUCUCUAGAACAUUCACCCUCUGAUUUAUUCAAAGCCUCUAAAUGGAGUCUCCCUACUACCAAGAAGAUGUGGUGGCCUACCGCUCACUGAGCAACAUUAAGGGUCUGGAGUGGCGGCAUUUAAAGAACAAGUGCGAAAAUCUGCGUCUGGAAUUGGCCUGCUCUCGUUAUAGGGAGCUCAUUAUGUCAUCGAAUGUUGGUCGCAUGGUAGCGAACAUAGAAAUCCUUAUGAUCUUCCAUGUGAUAAUGGUGCUCAGCUUAGUUCAGAACCUCGCACUGGUUCUAUUGAUUCCCUAUUUUGUGGUAAUGUUUUUCACUCCAUUUAUUAUGCUGGGCAGCAUGGACGAUGACGCUAAAACAACUACUAACUUGGUCAUCUCCUGGGUGAUGGCCCUGUUGAUAACCUUAAUGGACAUUCUCUCCGAUCUUCUGGCGGCCCUCUACAUUGGUUCCGUCUACCCGAUUGUUCCCUGCUACGAUCACAUAGUGCUGGUCUGCGUCUACAUGGCUCUACCCAUAGCGUUCAUCAAGGGCUACGGAGUAUAUAUUCUGGGCUUCUCUGUCUCCAUAAUUUAUAUCGGCUACGUUUUAUGGAUGCAAUACCUUAACGAUCAGAUUUCGGCUGCCCUGCUCUGCUCAUAUGCGAUUUAUAUUCUUUUCCUGAACCUCAUCUUUUCGUACUUCAUCAUGAUUCGAGAGUACCAGCUCCGGCGAGCGAUACUCAGUCAGUACCAGUUGCUGUACCAAAACAUUGUCUACCAGACCGUAAUGAAGAAGGAGAAUGCUUUGUUGGAGUCAAUCCUUCCACGCAGAAUGAUACGCACUCUGCUCGAGGAAAUCGACAACCGCAUGGAAGAUCAGGAUGACGAUAUUACUCCACGUAAAGCCAGCACAAGAAAACUCUUUCUGGAACCCUACCCGGAGGUGUCCAUUUUGGUGGCCGACAUGGUGAACUUCACCCACCUGACCACCACUUUGGAGGCACCGCAGCUUGUGGAGAUCCUGCACGACCUGUUCGUGAACUUCGACCUGGCUGCCAAACGCAAUCGGGCGAUGCGAAUCAAGUUCCUGGGCGAUGCCUACAACUGUGUGGCGGGGAUCCCCAACUACUUUCCCGCCCACGCCUCCUGCUGCGUGGACCAGGCGCUCGAGAUGAUCCGCAUUACACAGGAGAUCAGCAACCAGCGAGAACUGGACAUCAAUCUGCGAAUCGGGGUGCACUCGGGCGAGGUGUUCGCUGGCAUUAUCGGGCACACCAAGUGGCAGUUUGACAUCUGGUCGAAGGACGUGGACAUCACCAACCGGCUGGAGACGUCAGGAAUGCCGGGACUGGUCCACGUAUCCCAGCGCACACUGAGCAUGCUGGACGAGCACUAUGUGUUCAAGGAGGGAACCGAGGCGGCCAAGAACGAUCCCAUUCUGCAGCACGCCAACAUCCGCACCUACUUGGUCAGCAGCCGACUGCCCGAUCCCGUGGAGUCCGGCGAACUGGACACCGAGUUCAGCAACGCCUCCGUCGCCUCGGCUCGAUCGAGCUACGGCGGCGUCUACGAGGAUAUCCAGAUCAGGGCGCAGCGCGAGUUGAGGCGGGAGGUGGAGCACAUGGUGGUGGGUCGCAGUUUCUUCAAGUUCAAGAGAAACAAACCGGUCAAGAAGAACCGGGAGUUGAUGCUGAACCCCCGAGCCCACUUCUUUCUCGGGGUGUUUCGCAGCUGGAAGAGGGAGUGGGGAUUCCAAAACACACCGGACCUGAUGAUAAAGUACUCCAUGUUGUGGGCGUUCUUUGUCGGACUCGCAAUCAUGUGCAUCAACUGGAUCGGAACAACCAAAUUCUCUAAUUUGCUUGUGAUGCUGGGAAUUCUGUUCCUAUUGCUUAUUCUGUGCUUUCUGGCUGGUUACAAGAAACUUAGCCUGCAAAGGAAGUCACUUUCACCCAUGUCGCGGCCAUCGUGUUUCCUGAGUCGCUGGCUUUUAAGGGCAUCGGAACGCAUCGAGGAUUCGCUGUUUGUAAGGGUUCCUUUGGCAUUUGUGGUGCUGCUCCUACUCUAUCUGAUGUCCUCGCUGACAGUUUUUACUUGCGAUAUAGCUAAGCUGGAGAUGAAAAUAAUUACUGCGCAUCUGAAUGAACAAAGGGCCUUUCCGGAUUGCUUGGAACCUUGGUCUGUGACUUACUGUGUGAUUCUUGUGCUGAGUUUGCUGUUUGUCAUCAUGGGCUGUCCGUUCUUGCUCAAGUUGAUCAUGGGCUUCGUUAUUGUUGGUCUUCACUUGGGCACCGUUCAUUUCUACUACGGAUUCGCCUUUGAGCGAUCGGAGACCACAGAUCUGGGUCUCAAGGCGGACUAUGCCCACACCUGGUACGUGCUGGCAUUCUUCAUUGUCUUGGUGCUCCGAGAACGGCACCUCAACUACAUGAAAAAGGUUUCCUAUCUGAUGCGAAUUUACUACGAGGAGGCGCACCAGCAGACGCAGGACAAGCUGCGCUCCAUCAAGAUCAUUAUGGCCAAUAUCCUGCCGUCCCAUGUGGCUGAGGUAUACAAAGUGCGGCGGCCCAACGACAAGCUGUACUACGAAAACUUCUCCAAGGUGGCCGUCAUGUUCGCCUCCAUCGAGAACUUCAAUGCGGACACGGCGAGUCUCCGGAUUCUGCAUGAGAUCAUCUGCUGUUUCGACGACCUGUUGGUUAACUACCAAUCCAGGUAUAAGAUUGAGAAAAUAAAGGUGAUGGACUGGACCUACAUGGCAGCCUGUGGCCUCGAGGUGGAUCACUACACCGACUUCGCGAUCGACAUUCCAGUCGCUCAACCCGACACUGAAACUGAAGGGAAACGCAGAUCUAGUGUACUAACUGUACACUUUGGAAGCACCGAGGACGAUGAGAUGAGUGGGGAUGCCGUCAGCCAGCCCUUUGCUCAAGCGGAGGAUGUCUCCGUUCUGGUGAUGACCGAGUUUGCCUUGGAUUUGUUGCGCAUCAUGUACGAUAUUCGUUACAACUUUGAGUUUUCCGAGUAUGAUUCCUUUUCGGAGGGCAGCCUCAAGAUUGGCAUAUCCCAUGGACCCGUGAUGGCAGGAGUUGUUGGAUCAUCAAAGCCCCACUAUGACAUUUGGGGCCAUACCGUCAACAUGGCUUCGCGGAUGACCUCCACUGGACUGCUGGACAACAUCCAGGUGACACGGCACACGGCCAAGGUGCUGCGACAGUUCAAUAUCCGCUGCAAUUACCGGGCUCACACGGAAGUCAAGGGAGUGGGCAAGGUGCCCACAUACCUGGUGGCUAUAGAUCAGAAUAUGGCUUUCCACGAUCACGACCAGCAGAGCAUGAGUGCGAAAAGCUUCAAGAGCACGCUCACUGACACCUUAUCAUUUACACCGAACGUUGAUGCCCAGAAGUCCUCCACCUCUGAGGAACAGGAAGAGGAACAGGAACAAGAACAGGAUCAGGAACAGGAGCAGGACGACGGGGGAGAGGAGGAAGAAGAGCUGGAGGAGGAGUCGGAACUGGAGCGCCAAAAGGGAGGCAUCCUCAUCACCGGCGACUUGUAUUAAUAUAGAUUUAUUUAAGCAUACAUAACACACAUAGACAGAUGUAAUCGUACAGUUCAAAGCAAAUGUUCUUCAUGAGGUUAAAUACGUUUCGAUUUGAGCGCUCGCUGAAA